GAGUAUAAAAAUGAAUAUAUCGACACAUUACGUCGCAAAUCGGGACGGAUUGCUGGACGUGAAAAAGAUCUCCUUAAGCUUAGUCGAAAUGUGCCACAGUUUUCGAUCAGCGCUAGCAACGAGCAGCUGUGGUAUUCCGCUGUGCUGUGUACUUCUACUGACCAUAUCCUUCACCGUACCAGCAAUCGCCCAGCACAACCAGGCCGAUGAGACGUGUGAAACGCUUCCAUCGGAGAUUCAUCUCAUAAAAGAGGAAUAUGACGAGCUGGGGCGACUCUAUCGUACUUGUAACGGAGACGUUACGGUUAACAAAUGUGAAGGAAAGUGCAACAGCCAGGUCCAGCCGUCGGUGAUCACGGCGACGGGCUUUUUGAAAGAGUGCUACUGCUGCCGGGAAUCGUUUUUGCGCGAGCGACAACUUCAGCUAACGCACUGUUACGAUCCGGAUGGCGUGCGGAUGACGGAUCACGAGUCUGCCACGAUGGAAAUUCGCCUAAAGGAACCGGUCGAUUGCAAAUGUUUCAAGUGUGGUGAAAUGGUUCGCUAAUUGUAAUGCGCAAAGUGCCCGCAAGCCAACAUUCUUAAAGCAUUCCCAGGAAUCUGCCCUUCAGAUCAGCGUUCUAAAGUAAAGCAUACCACCACGAACUGUAACUGGAAGCCAGUAGUAUACAGAGUAAAAUAAAAAUAAAGCAAUGAAAAUGUUACCACUUCGCA